AUGGCAGCCGAGGACGAUCGCUCGCAACCCGUCUCGUCCAAGAGACCGCACUCCGCCGUCGAUGGCGCCCAGGACGACGGAAACGACUCAUCCUCCGAUGAUGAUUUUGGCCCGGCCCUUCCCUCUGCCGAUGCGCCCAAAAAGAAGCGACGGAAGCUCCCUUUCGAGAAGGUCUACGUGAACGCCCUGCCCGCCUCGCCGCGAUACUCCAAAUCGCUCAUGCACAAGGACCAAUUGUCGUUCGUGACCAUGUCGCCGCACACGGACUUCCUGAUCACCUCGUCCAUUGACGGCUUUGUCAAAUUCUGGAAGAAAAUGGCGGUCGGCGUCGAGUUUGUCAAGGAGUUCCGCGCCCACAACGGCGAGGUGAGGAGCGACAGCGUCAGCGCCGAUGGCAGGAGUUUUGCGACGACAGGGGCCGAUAAAACGGUGAAGAUUUUCGACGUCAUCACUUUUGACCUACUCGCUAUGAUCACUCUCGAAUUCGUCCCGCGCUGCGUCUGCUGGGUCCAUCGCCGAGGCGCAUCACUACCGCUGCUGGCGGUGACGGACGAAGGGAGCAGUACGAUUCAGAUCUUUGACGGGCGUGGGGAGAACGUCAGUCCCCUGCAUACCGUCAAGUCCAUCCACCGAAGCCCCGUGGCGGCCAUUGCCUUCAACGAUGCCUACGAUUGCGUGGUUUCCGCCGACGAAUCGGGAAUGAUAGAAUACUGGCGAGCCGGAGAUGGCUCCUUCGAGAAGCCCGACAAUGUGUUUGAGCUGAAGUCAUCCACCAACCUGUUCGAAUUUAAAAAGUCCAAAUCGACUCCGACCUCCUUGACCAUCUCCCCCUCCGGCGAGCAGUUCGCCGCGAUGUCUUUCCCCGACCGCCAGGUUCGAGUGUUCGACUUCGCCAGCGGCAAACUGCAUCGCAAAUACGACGAGUCGCUAUCCACCAUCACCGACAUGCAGCAGGCCGGUACCGCCAUCUACCAGCUGGACGAGCUGGAGUUCGGCCGUCGGCUGGCGGUGGAGCGUGAACUCGAGAACCCCGUCACCCAGCCCCGAGUCAACGUCAUCUUCGACGAGUCCGGACACUUCAUUCUCUACGGCUCGCUGUACGGUGUCAAGUGCAUCAACACCUACACCAACCGCGUGGUGCGCGUCUACGCCAAGGACGAACCCUUCCGGGCGCUCAACCUCGCCAUGUACCAGGGACAACCGCAGCGGAAGGGCGUGAUGACCGUCUCCAUGGCCGCCAGUUCGAACCCUCUCCUCCAGGAGGCCGAGGAGCGCGACCCGAUUCUCGUCAGCACGGGCUUCGCCAAGCUACGGUUCUACCUCUUCACCAACGAGGUGGAGGUCUCCAAGUCCUCGCGGGACGUGCAGAACGAACGGCCCACGCAGGCCGCCAGCGGCCGCGAAACAGCCACCCAGAAGGCCAAGGAGCUGGGGACGUCGGCCAUUCUGCAUACCACGAUGGGCGACAUCCACCUGCGACUGUUCCCGUCGGCCGCACCUAAGGCCGUCGAGAACUUCGUGACCCACGCGCGCAACGGCUACUACAACAACACCAUCUUCCACCGCGUGAUCCGGAAGUUCAUGAUCCAGGGCGGCGACCCUAUGGGCGACGGCACGGGUGGCGAGUCCAUCUGGGGCGGCGAGUUCGAGGACGAGUUUUCCAGUCUGAAGCAUGACAAGCCCUACACGCUAUCCAUGGCCAACGCGGGCCCCAAUACCAACGGCAGUCAGUUCUUCAUCACGACGGAGAAGACGAGUUGGCUGGACAACAAGCAUACGGUGUUUGGCCGCGCCGUGCAGGGUCUCGACAUCGUGCACAAGAUCGAGAAUACGAAAACGUUCAAGGAAAAACCGGAGCAUGACAUUAAGAUUGUCAGCAUCACGGUGUCGUGA